AUUGGAUGGCCUUUUCCGGGAGUUCCGGGUAGGAAACAGUCAUCCUCUGGGCGGUUCUCCCAGCGCAGGCCGGGCCGGUUUCCGGCCCGGAUUGCGCCCCUCCAGGGCGCGGUAGUUACUUUGUACCCACCCCUCUCCGGCUCGCAACGUCAGUUUCUGGGACCCCUCCCCCUAGCUUCUCCGCAGCCGUUCUACUGGCAUACUCCGGGCCUGGGCAGGCCCAGCUUCUGCGCAGGCGCCUUUACUUCGCGGCCUCGGAGCGAAUUUAACCUACGUUAGCUAGGGGACUGCCCUCCGGAGGGGCGGGGCUCAGCGAGCCCGAGGGAGGGCGAGCUCCUGCGUCCCACCCCAUCUCCUUCCUCUCCCACAAGGCGCUGCGAAGCGCAGCCGCGUGGGGGGCGACGCGGCGGCGGCGGCGGCGGCAGGGUCUUCGGUUCCGGGGUGUCGCAGGCGCUGCUGCAGAAGCGGGGCGGGGCGGGAGCUCGCUCAUGGCAGCUGCCGCCGCCGCCGUCGCCGUCGCCAUGGAGACCUCGGACGAUGCCGGGAACCGGCUGCGCUUCCAGCUGGAGCUGGAAUUCGUGCAGUGCUUGGCCAACCCCAACUACCUGAACUGUGAGUCCCCGAGGCCUCGCUGCGGGGCGGGGAGCAUGUGCGUGGGCUUUAGCCGGGCCCUUGGGCUAGCGGGGAGGGGGAGGGGAGGGGAAGGGAAGGGGCGGGGCCAUCCGCCUCCCGGACUCCACCCUGGGGUCGUACCCGGCCGCUGGGACCCCGCCUUCUCCCCUUGCCUUGCAGUCCUGGCCCAAAGAGGGUACUUCAAGGAUAAGGCCUUCGUCAAUUACCUGAAAUACCUGCUUUACUGGAAGGAGCCCGACUACGCCAAGUACCUCAAGUACGGCCGGGGGCGGGAUAGCCCAGGGCCGGGAGGGGCCUGUGGGCACCCCGGGGCACCCGUUCGAGGGCCCGCACCCAGCUGGCCCGUCCCCCUUCCAGGUACCCGCAGUGCCUGCACAUGCUGGAGCUGCUCCAGUACGAGCACUUCCGCAAGGAGCUGGUGAACGCCCAGUGUGCCAAGUUCAUCGACGAACAGCAGAUCCUCCACUGGCAGCACUACUCUCGCAAGAGGAUGCGGCUGCAGCAGGCCCUGGCCGAGCAGCAGCCGCCGCAGCCCCAGCAGGGCAGCAGCGGCUCCCUGUCGGCAGGGAAGUGAGGGGGAGAGGGAGGGGGCCUGCUCAAAGUAAAGUCUGGCGAGUGGCGA